UCCAACCAUGGAGUGCAAAGGUGUGCGCACGCUGAUGCUCGUCCUACUGAUGGUGACCUGCUCGCUCCAGCAGACGCCACCAAAGAAGAAGCCGGUACGAAAAGAAAAGGAUGCGGCCAUUGAGGAGCUGCAGAGACAGAUCAAUGACAUCGUGCAGGACCUCGACCGCCUGAAAGAAGAACAGGCUUUGCAAAGAGUGUGUUUGAAGGGCACCAAGAUAAAUGGCAAGUGUUUCCUGGCCGACACAGUGAAGAAGUCCUACCACACGGCCAGCGAGGACUGCAACGCUCUCGGCGGCUACCUCGCCGCUCCCUCGUCGGCCGAUGAAAACGAUCAGCUGACCAAGUACAUCCAACAAAGCGUCGGUCCGGCUGAGCAAGUCUGGCUGGGCGUCAACGACAUGGUGACCGAGGGAACUUGGGCGAACCAGAGCGGCGACAGCAUCUCCUUCAAGAACUGGGACACGUCCAGCAGCCGGUCCCGCCAGCCGGACGGCGGCACGUCCCAGAACUGCGCCGUCCUCUCCGUGGCCGCCCAGGGGAAGUGGUCUGACGAGAAAUGCCGCGACGAAAACGCUUCUGUGUGUCAGUUCAACAUUGUGUGAGUGCAUGCAUGCACUCUGUAUGCACUAUAAUAAUCCCUAAACACUUGCUUCUGCUGCAGUGCCACUUUACCUUCUUUUUUGGAAAGAGCAGGAUUUGUCUCAAUUGGACACAUUUAUCACUCCCAUAAUAGUUCAUCAUUCAGAGUAGAUUUCGUCCCAACACAAAAGUGCGACACAAUAGAAUAAAAACGAUUAUUAUUUAACAUGAGCUGCUUCAAAAUAAUGCCAAGCAUUUUGGAGUUUAUUGCAAUUUGGGUGAUUUAAUUUGCAAGUGUACCUAAUGAAAUGGCCAGACCCCCCAUUUGAAUACACACAAGUGCAUAUAUAAUGCAUAUAUAUUCAUAAACUAGUUAAGAUCCACUCAUUUCCAACCUGUACUAUGCUGCGUUAUGUACUUCACUGACAAGUCUCACAUUGAGCCUGAAGAAUAUUCUCUUUUUUAACUUUUUGUUGGUUUUUUUCCUCCUUCCUUUUAAAAUAGCAAUGUUCCCAGUUUGCCAGUCUGAUGUCUAGUCGGAUGUAACCUGACAUAAAUAAAC